GAUGUUAGUUCAGUGUGUACUCGAACCGUUACACUACCCCCCCCUCUAUUGACAGCUAGUCCCGUAGCUGUUGAAAAAUUUUCAAUGUUUGUUUGUUUGUCUGUUUGCUUGAUGUCGUCAUCCUUCUAUGCAGGGUCUCGGCCAGGCCCCGAACAGCCUCCGGGCCAAGGAGAAUCCACUCAGCACGUGAUAUUAAAUCCGUUUGCUCACUGAGUAUAUUAACAGCACGCGUCCAUACUUGCUGUCACCAAAACACCAAAAAAAUUCUACUCCUCCCACACAUAUACAUACACACAUCAUGCCGUUGCGUUGCCCUGCUGGCGCGCUUCCGGAGGCGUACCGCCUCAUCUGUCUUCGUUCAGUUCGUGCCUUUGCGCGCGGAGUCCACAAUGUGGACUACCGUUUCGGUGCCGCGGGGUCCAAGAAGUGCAAUUAUUGCACUCAGCAGAAGGAGAAGUGCUCCCCUGUUCCGGAGUACGUCGAGGCCGAGUUCGCCGUUUUUCUCGCGGCGAUGGACCUGGUGGCUGCUGCCCGCCAUGGUGACGAGCCGGAGGACGACCGGUACGCUGCCAAGCAGCGUCUCGAGUCCGCCGCCCUGGAUCUGGCUCGCCAGGUCCAGGUGACAAAGAGCCAGGAGAAGGAGUUGUCCGUGGUCGGGCUCCUCUCCGCCACGCACCAGGUGCUGGUGGAGAUUCGGGAUAGCCUGCGCCGGCUGGAGGGCCGUGUGGCGGCGGUGGAGGAUGCCGUGGAGGCUGGUGGGACUUUUGUCCCAGACCCCAUGGACAUCAGUUCCGGGGGCGAGUCGGAGGAGGAGUCGGAGGGGGAGUCGGAGGGGGAGACAGAGGAAACUCUGUCAGUAGACCUCCGUGGUCUGGAGGAUGGGGCAGGGGAGUCUUCUGACUCCCCCAUUGAUUAGGUGUUCGGUGUGGUGGGUGGUUGGUUGGGUCAGGUUUGUUUCUGGGGCGUUUCG